UUUCUCUUUGAAAUGUGUUUAUAAGGGUAAGGGAAGAAGAUGAGUGGUGAAGUUGUUAUAGCUGCUAGAGUAUAUCGUGACCUUCUUAAAGCAGUGGUGAAACAUGUUGGUAAAGAAGAUCACAAGUCUCAUUUCAUUGACUUUGUGAAGCAAGAAUUCAGGAAGAAUGCAAAUUCGGAGACUAUCAACCUCGCCCGCAAUUACACUUAUCUUCUCAAUAGCAUUCACUCUCACAAGGAUCUACUGUUCUCGUACAACAUUGCGGUUGAUAGAACCGAAGAAAUGAAACGAGUGCUUAAUAAAUCUGCAGCAAGUGUAGGGCUUCGUCUUCCUGAAGUUUACGAGCCUUGAUCAGGCAAUGCAUACGCAUUUCUCGUCUUUCCGAGAGAGAAGCCGUUCUGGAUUCUUCAUUUCUAUAGACAGGUCUUGGGUUAAUUUUUGAUUAAAUGAGAUAGUAGAUGGAGCCAGAGAGCUCUUAUUUUCCUUUAAGCUUCUAAGUAUUGAAAAAUCCGAGACGCGUGAUUUACAAUUUUUGUUGUGUUUGUACCGCAUUUGUUUUAGGAUGUGUACAAUGAACAUAUUCAUGAUCU